AUGCAAAGACACGAAUCACAGAAUCAGUCGAAUCCAUUGUGUGAUCCAAACAUCACAAUUGAUUCGGCAUUUGUGGACAAAUACUCUGAUUUGGGAUCAGAUGUCAUCACUUUGUUUGCGGACAACACUGUCUAUCAAUUGACUGUCAAUACAACGGAUCCCAUAAAUCUUGUCUUCACAUACAAAAGAUCUCAACCAUUAAACCAGUGGUCAAACACUUAA